UGGUCGGGGCGUCGGGAGCUGCUGGGCGCUCCGUCCGCGGCCGAGGGGCGGGCUCGUUGGUGACGCUCGCUGCGCUCUCCGCUAGCCUAGCGGCGCAAGAUGGCCGACAUCUCGCUCGACGAGCUCAUCCGGAAGCGCGGGACGGCGACCAAGGGACGGCUCAGUGCCAGACCAGGAGUUGGAGGAGGCAUCCGAUCUCGAGUUGGGAUCCAGCAGAGUCUUCUUAGCCAGCCAGCUCGCACAGCCACCUUCCAGCAGAGAUUUGAUGCCCGGCAAAAGAUUGGCAUCUCAGAUGCUCGACUCAAGCUGGGAGUCAAAGAUGCCCGUGAGAAGCUUUUGCAGAAAGAUGCUCGGUUUCGGAUCAAAGGAAAAGUACAGGAUGCCAGAGAGAUGCUGAACUCCCGAAAGCAGCAGAGCGCUGUGCCCCAGAAGCCCCGGCAGGUGGCUGAUGCCCGGGAGAAGAUCAGCUUGAAGAGGAGAUCGCCUGUUACCUUCACAAGCCCACCCAUUGGGACAGUGACCCCUGCUCUGAAACUCACCAAAACCAUCCAGGUUCCACAGCAAAAGGCCAUGGUGCCUCUUCAUGCUCAUCCUGCUGGAAUGAGGAUCAAUGUUGUCAAUAACCACCAGGCCAAACAGAACUUAUACGACCUAGAUGAAGAGGAUGAUAUUGCGGCACCUGUUCCUACCAAACAGAUGAAGUUUGCAGCCACGGGCAGCUUUGUCCACCACGUGACUGGACUGAGCAGUUCCAAGCUGUCCAUGUCCAAGGCUCUCCCUCUCACAAAAGUGGUUCAGAAUGAUGCCUAUACAGCUCCUGUUCUCCCCUCCUCUGUUCGAACCAAAGCCUUGACCAACAUGUCCCGGACACUGGUGAACAAGGAGGAGCCUCCCAAAGAGCUGCCACCUGCUGAGCCUGUGCUCAGUCCCUUGGAAGGCACCAAGAUGACUGUGAAUAAUCUGCACCCUCGAGUCACGGAGGAGGACAUUGUUGAGCUUUUCUGUGUGUGUGGAGCCCUCAAGCGGGCUCGACUGGUCCAUCCUGGGGUAGCAGAGGUUGUGUUCGUGAAGAAGGAUGAUGCCAUCACUGCUUAUAAGAAGUACAACAACCGAUGUCUGGACGGGCAGCCCAUGAAGUGCAACCUUCACAUGAAUGGGAAUGUCAUCACCUCAGACCAACCCAUCCUGCUGCGCCUGAGUGACAGCCCCUCAGUGAAGAAGGAGAGUGAGCUGCCCCGGCGGGGGACUCCUGCCUCCUCUUCCAACCCUCCUGCCGAAGUGGACCCUGACACCAUUCUCAAAGCUCUCUUCAAGUCCUCGGGGGCCUCUGUGACCACACAGCCCACAGAAUUCAAAAUCAAACUUUGAGGAGGGAGUGAGGCAGCCAGAAACAGGGCAGAGGAGGGUGGCUCUGUUUCCCAAGGCAAAGCUUGUGACCAAUGGGCCGUCGGACUGAAGCCCCCUGAGCGAGGGACAAGGCACCAGGGCGAGCUUCCUCACUGGACGGGACCCACCUUUCUGUAUUGUUCCACACCUUGCCCUUCUGUGCAUUACAUUUCUAUAGUAUGCUUCCUCUCUCCUCCACUCAUCACCAAGGUAGGCUGUGUUUGUCUGUGUGCCUCCCGACCCUCGGCCCCAUGCUGAUUUCUUCCCUAGGAAUGGUGCGCUGUUUCCCUGGGUAGCCUUCUUGUGGCCCCGUGGGACACAGGUCUGGGGGCUGUUGGAGAGACCGCUUUUUUUGUUGUGUUUUCAGGAGUUUUCUUGUUCUGUUGAAGUUUUACAAAUAAAAUGGAAUGAAUGGGACCUCCUGCCAUUAGGAGGGCACUAGGUGAGCUGGGGAGCUGCAUUAGGUCACUGGCCUCUUGUCUUCCACCUGACUGCUCAUGUGCAGAGCUCUGUGACGGGCAGGCAGAGGUAGGGUGGCCAGCUCCUGGCUGCCCGUGCUGUCGUGGAUAGCCCAAAAGGAUUCCCCAGAGUUCGUGCUCCCUUGUUAGAGUUGUGCCAAAGGCCCUGGCCCAGAUCUCUCUGCUUCCAGAUAGGAACACAGGAAGGGACCUGUGCCAUUAGCCCUUUUGGUUCUCCUUGACAGGGCAACACCACAGCCUGGUUUUGGUGCAGGCGCCAGCUCGAAGUUAGCUGGGUCUUUUUCCAGGCUGUACCCCAGGCUGCGGCACAGUGGGCUUGGGAGGGGUGGAUUGCACGGGAGCUGUUGGCUGGCUCUGGCUCUGCCAUCCUGGCUUUGGUAUCUACAGAACAGCAGUCAGGAUUGCCCACAGUGCAGCUGCCACCAUGGCAUUGUCUGUUGGCGUGAGGGACCCUCACUGCCAUGAGCAGUCUCAGAGUAGAGCUGGCCUACCAGGCAAGCUGGUGGGCGAUUUUCUACAGCAUGCUCCUGGGCUGCUAGUGCAGAAUUAUGGCAGUUGGGCAGGUGCUGAGUGUUGGGCAGCACCAUUCCAGAGCUGGCCAGUAGUCCUCUGACGAUGGGAACAGGAGAGUCUAAGCUGUCAUCGCUGGAGCAGGAUUCUAAGGCCACACAUAUCAGUAGUGUGUGCUGUAAAGGCACAAGCCAAGGAAGUAAAGGAAGCUGAGACACCCAGUAAAGAGAAUUUCAAUUAAUUCCUGUUCUCUUGGAGUUAGAUCUGCCCAGCUAGAAAGGUCUAGUUUGAGCCAAAAUCAGUCCAGCUCUGAGGUUGCCCAGCCAAGGAAUCCAAGAAUGGCAUCUGGGGUGCUCCACUCUACUGUUGAAAGAAGUCUGCUUCCCUUAAACCCUCUAAAUGGGGACAAACUUAAUUCUUCUCAGCAGCCAGAAGACAUUCCUCAUGCUUCACCCUUCCUGGCCCAAGAGAACCCCGAGACACUAGGGCCUGACUUGUCUGCCACUGGAAACAGUUGGCAUGCUUUCUACCUUGUAUAGAGUAGGGAUGGCCCUGCUCUUGUUGAACCAGGCAUGCUCUGGGCAGCACAGUUGAACAGAGUCAGCCUCGGCCUCCUGGCUAUGUGGUACUUUUCAGGGAGUGUGUGGCCUCCCCUGCAUUUUCAGGGUGUCAUCUUGGGAAUCGGAAAAGAAGGCGGCCAACCCUCAUGUCCCCACUCCCUUGCAUUACUUGUUUGUGUCUUGUUCAGAGAGAAAGACAUUGCAGGAUGGAGGGGCUUGUUACUUUCCAUUUCUCAAUAAAUGUUCGUUAUUCCUAA